AUGAUGGAUGAGUGGGUACGGAUGUCUCGUGGCUGUUGUCGGGGUCUUUUCUUUCUUUUAUGGAUUGUGUUUUCCCGAUAUCCUCUAUUCAGGAUUAAGGACUGUGGUAGUCCAAAUUAUCUCUCUGUAGCAACGAAGCCCCAUCAAACACAUGGCUACAACCACGCAAACAAAUUUCGCAUUUGUAUCAACGGUUACGAACUGGAUACAUCGAAAGCUAUUGAAAAAGUAUAUAAGUUUGAGCUGAAAAUCUAUGGUAUAAAAAGUGAUGGAAAAGAAAAAGAACUUUAUCGCGGUCCAAAAAAUGAUGUGGCUAUUACUCUUCGGCGUAGAGUUCUUUGGUUUAUUUAUCAGCAGAUGCUGAAAAACUAUGAAGGCUUUUUUGGUAGUGAUUUAAAAAAGUAUUUUUAUGAUUGUGGAAUCAAUUUCUAUUCUGUAAAUAAACUCUUUGAUCGUUCCGAGGGUGAAAAAGAAUUCAAGAUCAGUGUCGAAAUGCUAUCCCCGGAAACAAGAGAUUACUUGAGUAAGCGGAUUACUGGUUUGGUUGCUCGACUGUUGCCAUGUGAAGAAAUCAGCUUGCAUAAGAUUACAGCUGUUGCUGCGGAUUUGUAUGCUCGAGAGCGGUCUCUUCAACAAUUUUUGGAAAUAGUUACUUCACAAAUGAUGUUUCAUGAACAGAGUCAUUUAAUUUUCCGCAAUAAGGCAUAUGAUCGCCCUAGUGAUCAUGAUAUUGGAAUCGAUGGUGGCAAAGUUUUGACUGCAGGUAUGGAGAAGAACGUGCGCUUUGUUGGUAAUUCGUGGGAGCAAAUGGCGUCUAUCGUUCAAAUUGACGCAAAAAAAGCAGCGUUUUUCAAACAGCAACCGUUGGUGGAACUUGUCAGUACAUUAUGCAACCGAGCACAUCCGAAAAUGCUUAUGGAAGAUACUAGAUUAAGGACCCGAGUUGCGCGGCAACUGAAGGAUCUUGUCGUGCGCACAACGCAUUUAGAAACUCAACGAUUUUUUUCUAUUUUUGGAAUGACAACUGCAACUGCGGACAAAUUAGUGAUUCUAAUCAACAAUCAGGAUACAACUGUAGCCGACUAUAUGUUGUAUAAGUACCAACAGAGAUUACGCUAUCCGGGUUUGCCGUGUAUAAUUGAGCGACGUGUCGGUGGCAAAGACAAACGUCCGCGCAACAGUUUUCAUCCGAUGGAGUUCCUCGAAGUUGUUGGAGGACAGCGCGUUGAUGCUAAAAAACAGACGCCAGAAUUAGUGGAAGGUAAUCUUUGUAACGUUUACGAGCUAGUUGAUGACCUUAUCCAAAAUUGUCGCCUUUUACCCAGGAACUUGAAAAGUGAAAAUGAACGUCAACGUUGUCGAGCGCAAAUUGUUGAUGAAAAUCCAUAUCUCCGUAGCCUUGGUAUUCACAUUAUUAAUACUCCGUGUGCAGGAGAAGCUACUGUACAGUUCCCUCCAGCAAUUGUUUAUAGAAAUGACAAAGUUGAACCAAGUCCAAAUGGGGAUCUUAAUUGGCGUCUUUCGGUCCCUCGUGGCAUGCAGAACAAAAUUUUUUUCAAACCUGCCAAAGCACCUCGUCGUUGGGUUGUUUUUAUGUUUAACAAUGCUGUAAACCAACUAUCUGCAGAUCGCUUUAUUGCUGCAUUUGUUAAUCGCUCCCGUGACCAUGGUAUACAAAUGCCCAAGCCAGCACGUUCAGAAGAGUAUAACCGCACUGACUUAAAUUUCCUCAUUGAGAGAAUUGAAUUCAUGCAUAAAAACGGAGUAGAAUACAUUCUGUUCAUUACACGAGACAAAUGUGAUACUGUGCAUGAUAGAAUGAAGCUGACCGAAAUCAAAUGCAGUAUUGUCACGCAGCAUGUUAGUUCUAGCACUCUAUUCAAAGCAAUCAGCAACCGUGGCGCUGAAAUGACGCUAGACAACUUGAUCAUGAAAAUGAACUUGAAGCUUGGUGGUAUAACUCAUGCUCUCACCUCAUCUGCUGCUUUCUUGAGCAAAAAUCGUCUUACCAACAACAUCAUGGACAAAGAGUGGCUGCGACAUAGUAGAAUGUUUUUCGGCCUCGAUAUGUCACAUGCAAGGCCACAGUCACUGUAUGAGCGACAAGCUCAUAUCCCACCUAGCGAACCAACUGUCGUUGCUAUGACAUAUUCAUGUGGCGAACCAUUUGCAAUGCAAGGCGAGUACUGGAUGCAAGAACCACGCCUUUAUAUUGCCAAGUUCUUGAAAGAGCGUGUCGAGAAGGCAGUUAGAUUGUUUAGGGAUACAUCGAAAGAGAAACGCUUACCGGAACAUGUUCUUGUGUUUCGUAGUGGUGUUUCGGAAGGAGAAUACGCGAAGAUUAUAAAUGAAGAGGGGAAACAGUUUCGUGAAGCUUUUGUCGCAGCAGAUGAUGGUCGUGCGGAACGCGUUCGUCUCACAAUUGUUGUCAUGCAAACUCAUUCAAAUUAUCGCAUUUAUCCAGAACACAUUCAACAGGGAAGUGCCUCACAGCAAAAUGUCCCACCCGGCACGAUUAUAGAUGCUGAUAUUGUCCAUCCAACUCAAACAGAAUUCAUUUUUAUUGCUCACAAGUCUGCCAUGGGUACUGCACGUCCUGUACGCGCCACGGUUCUGGUUGAUGACGAACCUCGUAUGUCAAUGGAUGAAUUAGAGGGUAUUACAAAUGCUCUCUGCUAUGCUCAUGGCAUUGUCACUUCACCGAUAUCUCUGCCGGCGCAUCUUUAUGCUGCUGCUGAUCUUGCUAAAAGAGGACGCAAUAAUUUCAAGACUGAGCAAAAUUUUGCCGAUGAUAAUGGUUCAACAUCGAGCGGUAGUGAUGACGGAAGAGUUCAUUUUAUGAAUGAUGGUUCGGAGAAUUACUUCCCAAAGAUGUCUGCAGAGCUUGCUAAUAAACUGAAAUACAAAUUUUGGGCCUGA